UCCAGAACCGCAACAGUCGUUCACAUUCACGUCUCUCGCUUUCCAUUUUCGACUUCAAGGAUGCUUCGAUCGCUGUUCCCGUUUUCUCUCUCAUUACAUCUCUUUGGUUUUCGACGGCCGGUGCGGCUGUGGUUAGGCCCCCUCCUAUGCGAAGGAGCACGACUGCCUUCGAUGGCCAGUACAUCAGCACCUCUGCGGACAGCACCGCCGUAGAAUGGUGGUACCUCCAGGCUCUUGCCUCAGACGUCGAGGGCGACAACCCUCCAGCGAACGUGCAAGUUCUGUACUACCAAGGUUACCCGGUUUCAGAUGGCUCUACUGCGACCCAGACGGGCCAGCCUGAGUACUACAUCACGAUCAACGGCAUGUUCGCCAACGGCACGGUUUUCAACUUCAACGUGCCUACUUCGACCGGCGCUGUCACUACGUCGGGCAACGCUGUCACCGGAAAGUGGGGCGACGCUGGCGAGUUCGCCGUCACGGAUGAUCUCUCUUCGCUGUCAGCGACAGUGAGCGCAGCGGACUAUGGCAUCGAGGCCUCGAUUUCCUUUACCUCACGCACGUCGCACCACUUUGGCUGCAACAACACCGACGACGCCUACUUCGACUCCGCUGUGUCCUCGUCGCAGUCUCUCAGCACCCCAGAGCAGCUGCUCUACAAGCAGCUCGGGUGGGCGACGACGAUCCCAGGCGGCACCGCAAACGUGACGCUCACCGUGAACGGCACAGCGCUCUCCUUCGUGGGCACGGCCUACCACGAUGCGAACUGGCUGCCGGCUGCGCUCAACGAGGCGGUCAGCAGCUGGUACUUCCUGAACGCGGCGGUCGGCUCAUACGACAUGUCCGCGGUGCUCGUGCAGCCGGUCAACUCGUCGCUACAGCUUGGCACGGGCUUCCUCGCCAAGGACGGCGUCGUCCUCCAGAACCAGUGCAGCGUCGUCGGCGGCCGCACGACCGACAUCAGCACCGCGACGCCCACUGGGUCGUACACCGACGGCGGCCUCACCCUCCCGACUGGCUUCACGCUCAGCUACACGCUUGCGAAUGGAGACGAGUACACGUUCGACCUGAAGUCGCAAGGUGCGAAUCCGAACCAGGCGAUCUACCAUCGCUGGAUCGGCAGCGCGACUGGGGGACCCGUGGGCGGAGCGCAGGAGACGGGCACGACGGUGUUCGAGUGGCUGAACCCCGGCAAUAACGUCUACAAUCCUUAAGGACACUCUUUAUUGUGAUUUCGUGGGCGGAAAAGAGGCUUUCGCAGGUACUUACUCUCGUAUUCGAAGGUUGUGUACUUCUUGACCUGCGCUGGCCAAUCUGUCACUACUGCUGCAUCCGUUUAUUGGGCAAUAUUUAUUCUAGUGGCUCGUGAAAUAAACCCGUUCAGUCUUCGAUGGUGUGGCUACGUUACCGUCGUACAUAUCUGAAUGAGCCAGGUCGCGCACACCAAAAUGCACAACCUCUCAGGUUCACCGCACACGAAUUGGGUUUGACCGCCAGUAGAGAGACCAGCCUGGCAAG